CCUUUGCCGUAUGAUGAGGUUUGGGUGCAGCCACCUUCCACCCUUCCUCUCGCUUGGGGGUCGACACAAACCUCAUAUGAGACUGCCCCUCGAUCAGAUCACCGCGGCACGGGGAUGGGGCCGAUGUCCUCCCUCUUGGCGGAUCCCAAGGGGGGGAGGUCUGAUCCUAUUCGACUGCACUUGUCCCCGAGUUGCACAAUGGACGCGUCGAGAACAGUUCUCGUCGACCAUAGCACUCGCUCGCAAGGUGGGGUGUCCGUGACAAUGGAGGAUGCCCGUGAAGACGGAGCGGUGACACAACGGCCGCUGAUGUCAUCAUCCGCAUGCAGGGUGAGCCACGCCGUUUCGCCGUCCCCCUUCGAUCCGGGACGAUCGCCAUUGACGCACAACGGUCCUGCGGGAACGUUGACGAGAGCGAGUGUUGCGGAGUCCCCCCAGGUGAUUGAGAGGAUCAUAGCAAGGUAUUCGAGGAUGCGUACCGACGUUCAAGCGGAUGACGGAGGUGCAGAGGGGGCAGAGGCUGAGGAAGUGGUUGAGGGGGAGUGCACGGAUGACGAGGACGAAAGCGAGGAGGAUGACGACGUUCUGCUGAAGGAAGUCACACCGAAGACCACGAAGAAGAAGACAACAAAGAGUCGUGGGAAGUCGAAGGCGAGAGACGGUGGAGGUGAUGGUGAUGGCGCGGUGGGUGGAGGAAGGAACUCAAAGAACUGGGAUUCGGACGACUCGCUCCUCCUCGUCUGCUGCAAAAGGGACCUUGACGAUCACAUGGCCAGCCAGGGUAGCAACUUCGCGCGGAUGAAGACAAAGACGCAGAAAUGGAAUGAGAUAGCAAGGCGUAUGGCCCAGCAAGGGCUCACGGACAAAGAUGGAGAGUCGUGCAUGAAGAGGUGGGAGAACAUCUUCGGGUGGUACAGGAAAAUCUGGGAUAGGGAGAAGGACUCUGGCCUGUACGACGCCAUCCACGCGACGACACCCAACAAUCAGGCCAUACAUCCGCCUAAUCUGUGUGACACUAGUGGACUCCCUCCCUUGCAAGCGGAUGAGAGUGAGCAGAGCCAGGCUAGAGGUGCGACAAUCGGCGGGGAAACGUCGGCGGGCGACAACAUGGAAAGGGAAUCGGCGGACGGCUAUGGCAGCAGGUCUUCAGGGGGAACUGCUGCGGGGAAGCGGAAGAACGCGCGGCAGCUCGCCUUCGAUUCUGUGACGGACGUGAUGAAGACCCAUUCGACGGUCGUCGCUGAUUUUGUGGAUCGUGCUAGCAAGCGCCAAUGCGAUGUGUUGCAGCGGCAAUGCGACAUCAUGGAAAGGGAGGCGAGGACGCAGGAGAAACAGUGCGACAUGCUGGAUGUUGUGCGGGCGGCGCGCGGUGGGUGGGACGGCUUCGUGAAGUGCGGUGUUAGGGAUUCGGUUGAGGAGCGCGCGUUAACUUCACUUGGGGGCUUGGAGGACAGGGGAGGAGGGGGGGGAGGAGGAUUGUUUGGUGGUGGGUUUGCCGACUGUGAGAUGGAGGUUGAGGUGGCGUUGAGGGGGCGGGUUCUCAGUCGCUGCAUCAUCUUCUACGAGACGCGACACCACCGUGGCAAGGACUACGGCAAGGACUUCGGAUUCGAGGACGGGGUUACAAGACAAGGAGUCCGGCACUACGAGGUCGACGCGGAUGGAGACACGUGUCUCCAUAUCAUAGUCGGCUAUCGAUAUGGCAGGGAGCUCCUCAAGCAGGUGGUCGUCUUCGCGCGAAAGGUGGGCACGGCAAUCCCCGACCGUUGGGUGGGAGGUUCGGACGUCUUGGCGGACAUCAUCGACCUCCUAGUGUCUAACGUGGCAAUGGGGUGCGCAGGCCGUCUCGAUGAGUUGGCGACGUACAUCGUCCACGCUGAGCCUCCUUUCGCCGAUCGGUCUUACUUGCAUGGCGAAGUGCAGAUCGUCCUCGCUGACAUCUGCUGAUGUCAUCGACAACACACACGGCGUGACCGACGGUAGACGUCUCCGUGCAGCGCAGCUCCGGCG